AUGGCCAAAAACCACGUAAUCAUCUUCCCGUUCAUGGCACAAGGCCACACCCUCCCUCUCCUUGACCUCGCCAAGUCCCUCUCUUCCCACAACCUCCGCGUCACCGUCGUCACCACUCCCUCCAACGCCGAAUCCAUCUCCGACCGCCUCCCUCCGGCCAGCCACCCGAACAUUUCCCUCGCCGUGAUACCCUUCCCGGCCAUCUCCGGCCUGCCGGACGGGACAGAGAACACCUCCCAGCUCCCUUCCAUGGAAAAAUUCAUCCUCCCUUUCCUCCACGCCACCAAGAAGCUCCAAGAGCCCUUCGAAAAACUCCUCGCCGCCGCCGCGGCCGGAUCCGACGCGGACCGCCCGCUGUGCGUCGUCUCCGACUUCUUCCUCGCGUGGACGCUCGACACGUGUCGAGCGUACGGCGUCCCGCGGCUGGUCUUCCACGGGAUGAGCGUCUGCGCCAUGGCGCUCAGCAAGUCGCUGUGGCGCGCCGCGCCGCGGCUGGUCGGAGCCGGUGCAAAUGAGCCGUUGGAUGUUCCCAACAUGAAUUUGCCUUUUGAUCUGACGGUGGGGGAAGUGCCGUGGGAAAUUAUGGUCAACGGGAUUGGUGGGCCCGGGAAUCCUUUUGUCGAGUUCAUGGAGGAGGUUGGGUGGGCCGACGUCAACAGCUGGGGGGUUGUGGUCAACAGCUUCGAGGAGUUGGAGCUGAGCCAUAUUCCGGCUCUCGAGUCGUUUUAUCGCGACGGGGCCAGGGCUUGGUGCCUGGGCCCGUUGUUUCUGUGCGACCAGGCCCAGGCCCAGGCGCCCCGAGAUAAGAGUAAGGGAGCUGAGGGCUUGUUCGAGCUGGGUCGGUGGCUCGAUGAGCGAGCCGUGGCGCCGCCUGGAUCGGUGAUGUACGUUUCGUUCGGGACCCAGGCGGACGUCUCGAGCGCUCAGCUCGAUGAAUUGGCUCACGGGCUCGAGAUGUCUGGAGUCCCGUUCGUAUGGGUGGUUCGGUCGGGUUCGUGGUCCGUUCCGGAAGGGUUGGAGGGGAGGAUCGAAGGGAGGGGGUUGAUCCUGAGGAAAUGGGUCGACCAGCGUUACAUGCUGGGUCAUCGGGCCGUGGGCGGGUUUCUGAGCCACUGCGGGUGGAACUCGGUGCUGGAGAGCGUGUCGGCUGGGGUGCCGAUUCUGGCAUGGCCCAUGAUGGCCGAGCAGCCGUUCAACGCGAAGCUGAUCGUGGAAGGGCUCGAAGCCGGGCUGCGAAUCGAGGCCGCUGGCUCCAGAGUUGCUGAUGAUGGUGUCGUGUUUAAGCGCGAAGCCAUAUGUCGAGGGGUGAGGGAGCUGAUGGGCGGGGCGAAGGGGCGACGCGCCAGGGAUCGAGCCCAGGCCCUGGGCCGGGUGGCUCACCGAGCCGUGGGGGACGGCGGCUCGUCUCGGGAUGCCAUGACCCGCUUGAUUUCCGAGCUUCGCGAGUGCUAG